AUGCGAUUUGGCAAGACUCUUCGCGAGUCCAUCAACGGGCCUUGGAAGGACAAGUACAUUGACUACAACAAGCUCAAGGCUCUCCUCCGCGAAAACAAGUUUGACGAUGACAACGAGGUAUGGACCGAGGACGACGAAAAUCGCUUCUGCGACGAAAUCUUCAACGUCCAGCUGGAAAAGGUUGCCAAGUUUCAGGAGGAACAAGUCUCCCUCCUCAAGGACCGCGCCGACGCCGCCUUUGCCAAGCUCAAGAAGCUUGCGCCCCCGGUGUCCGCAGACGGUUCUGCGCCCCCGGCCGUCGACGAUGCCACCAAGGCCAGCUUCAAGGAGCUCGAGUCUGAACUCGACAGCAUCAUGAACCAGGUUAAGGAGCUCAAGAAGUACAGCUCCAUCAACUACACUGGCUUCCUCAAAAUCGUCAAAAAGCACGAUCGCAAGCGCGGCGACCGCUACAAGGUCCGCCCCAUGAUGCAGCAUAGUCUCGCCCAGCGUCCUUUCAACUCGGAACAAGGCUACUCUUCGCUCCUCAACAAGCUAUCCAUCAUGUACUACGCCAUCCGCCAGCAGCUCGACGACGACCCUACCUUACCCAUUGAUCUCGAGACCCAAGGCGAGACACUCAAUGGCGAGCUCUACACGGCUCACAAAUGCAAGUCACGAUCCAAUCAUGAGCAUCACUCGCAAACUUCCAAGGAAUCCGACGGCAGCGAAUCGCCCACCGUGACAUCUCUUUACUUCGACAACAAGGGAUUUGAGCUCUACAAUAAAAAGGUUGACAGCAGUAAGGGUGCUGAGUCGCUCCGUCUGCGCUGGUACGGCCAGCUUAGCUCCAAGCCCGACAUUUUCGUCGAGCAAAAGGUCGCCGAUGGCACGGGUGAGAGCCACGAGUCAAAGUUUACCAUCAAGGACAAAUACGUUACUCCUUUCCUCGCCGGCGAGUAUUCUAUGGAAAAGACCGUCGCCAAGAUGGAGCGCCAGGGCCAGUCCGCCGAAACUGUCGCCGAAUAUAAAAAGACUGUCAACAACAUUCAAAGCUUUCAGCAAAAACACAAGCUCGCACCCAUCCUGCGCGCCAACUACCUGCGCACCGCCUUUCAGAAACCCGCCGAUGACCGCAUUCGAAUUUCCAUCGAUACCGAUCUCGCCUUUAUUCGCGAAGACACCCUUGAUACCGAACGUCCAUGCCGCAACCCCAACGACUGGCACCGUACCGACAUUGACGACAGCAACAUGACCUAUCCCUUCCGCAAUAUUAAUCAGAGCGAAGUCUCCAAGUUCCCAUAUGCCGUCCUCGAGAUUAAGCUUCGCGAGGAUGCCAACCGCAAGCGUCCCGUCUGGGUCGAAGACCUGCUGGCUUCUCACCUCCUCCACGCUGUGCCGCGCUUCUCCAAAUUCGUGCACGGCACGGCCUCUCUCUUCGAGGACCACGUCAAUGCACUGCCAUUUUGGCUCAGCGACUUGGAAACAGAUAUUCGCAAGGACCCGCAGCUAGCUUUCGAGGCCGAGGAACAACGCCGCGCCCAGCGUGCUGAUGACGCCAUGGCCGUCGGCAGCCUCAUCGGCACUCUUCCCUCGUCCUACAAGGCUGCCAAGAGCUCGUCUGUCGGAAAAUCGUACCUUGCCGAUCGCAUGGCCGCCGAGUCACGCGACCAGCAGGUCAAAUCACUCCAUCACCGCAGCAGCGUCGCCGCUCCCCCCGAGGAAGAAGGCGAAGGCAGCGCCGCCGCUGCCCACAAUGGCUACGGCACCCUCUCCUCCGUAAUUCCCGCACUCUCCCUCUCCAAGUACGCCAAGGCCAAGCGCGCCCAGCGCUUCCAGCUCCCCGAGGGUGUCAUUGAGCCCACCGAGUGGAUCAAGAAUGCCGGCGAGCUCAAGGUAGAGCCCAAAGUGUGGCUAGCCAACGAGCGAACAUUUCUCAAGUGGCAGCACAUUUGCAUCUUGCAGGGUACCCUAGCUCUUGCUCUAUACACGGCGGCGGGCGAAAACACCACUGCCUCUGUCUUUGGUGUCGUGUAUACGUGCAUUGCUGUCUUUGCUGGCGCGUGGGGGUAUGCUAUGCUACGCGCGCGCCGAAGCAUGAUCAUUGAGCGCAGCGGUAAGGAUUUUGACAAUAUGGUGGGACCAAUCAUUAUCAGUGUGGCGUUGAUUGUGGCUCUCAUCGCCAACUUUGUCAUCCAGUACCGCAAGGCUUUUGACAAGAUGCGCCACCGUCAUCCCGACACGAACCUGCAUAAUUUUUCUGUUUCUCAAGAUGAGCUUCGAUGA